GGCAAAAAAAAAGAAGAGGAGAGAAAGACUGUUAAAUGCUAAUACUGCUUGCCUCCAGUCUGGAGAGUUGUCUUGGAGAAGUGGAUUUUUAGGCCGACCGAGUAAUAACUCGUCCGUACAGUUCCAUUCCGUUCGUGCGGCUCGAACGAAGCGUACCGUGCGUUGUUCUUCAGCAAUACUCGACAACAACAACAACAACAACAAUAGCAUUAGCAGCAGCAAAUCGCGACAACAAUAAUUUGUUUAUUAACUAUAAACUCUACGUACGAUAGGAAUACCAAUAAAACAAACAAUUAAUCUAGUGCUCAAGAAUUCUGCAGUUUACAACCAGUGUUCUCAACUUCUUUGCUCUUUAUGGAUUAACAACACAGAAACCAAGGCUUCCUGUAGCAGCGUAUAUCAUUCCAUAUCAAUAUGUCAGCAAUAUGUCAGAAUUUCGUUCAGAACGCGUGGAAAAAAGACCUCUGCUCCAACUGCUUCAAAUCGAAGGAUGAGCACAUGCAAAAGGUGAAGACCGUCCAACUGUCGAUAAGUAAGAGCGUGGAAGGAAUCAUCCGUAGCCAGAACAAGAAGAAGCCUAGGCGCAACGUGAACUUUAAUAAGCAGCUAUUCGAAGUCAUCGGUUAUGGCGGAGAAGAUUGGUACGAGGGCGAGGAGGAAGAAGAAGAAGAAGAAGUUUAUGAAGAAUCGCAAGAUGAUAGCGAACCAGAUGAGGAGGACGAUAAGGAACUGAUAAGACUGACCAAAGCUAAUACCGAUUUUAACACGAACUCUCUCAACGACGCUAUAGAAACGAAGAAAUCCUAUGCCCAAUUGAUGCUCGGAAAACCGCAGAUGGAUUCUGAAGGACGUAAGCAGACGCUCCUGGUUAGUGUUACACCUUUCGGGCAGGACAACAAGAAGUCGAAACCGAUGUCGCAUAUACCGAUAGCUAAGAACAAAGAUAAUUACGACAAUAAAAACGUCGUCUUGACUUCAUAUUCGAAGAACGACGAGAAGAUCGAAAAUGAAGAGAAAUCAUUGUUGGAUGAAAUAUCGGAGACCCUCGAGAACAGCGUAAAUCCCAUUCAGAUCAUCAGCAGAAAGAAGAUCCAGAAGGAAAUAGUAUUGAGUAUUCCGGAUGUUGCGAAUAAGGAAAAUAUUGAUGAGAAACUCAACAAGUCGGUUAUUGAAGAGAAAAAGAAAUCUAGUAUUCCUGAGAGGAAAAACGGCCUGACGAGGAAUCCAGUUAUCAAACGCGAUGAUAAACCUGUCAUUUACCAAACGGCCAUAACCAAGAUCGAGUUGAUGAACACAAAGAACACAAAGAUCACCAACGAGAGUUUGAAAAAGGAAGAAAUCAAAUGCGAGACGGAAUCAGUCACGGAUGAUAGCAGUAUUACUAGCAGCGGAGAGGAGAGCGCCAAAGACGAUUCUGACAGCGGAAGCGAUUUGAAAUACCAGAACGUUACGUUCUCGCAAAGCCGGGAAUUGGCUGGUGAACCGGACGGAAGAGCGGAUCCGGACGCUAGCGAACCACCUGCUCUUCCUCGAACACCUCCACCAAAUGUGGAUCCUCUUCCAGAGAAGCCUAAAAUCCCCAGCAAACCAUCCACGAUAAUGAUCAGGAAGCCACCUAUCAUCACGCACCAAAUAGAAACACAAAACGUGAUGACCACCUUCUCCGUGGAAGCUAAAACCGAAGAGAAGACAAAAUUAACCAAACAAGAUUCGAACGGAUCUGAUGUUUGCAAGAUUUCGAAUAAAAGGAAAGCACCGAAACCGCCUUCCGAGGAGAUUAUGCAGAUCUACACGCGAAACCCGGCGCCAAACUCAGAUUCCCCGGUUGUUCGUGAGAAGGAGAAGAGAGAACGAGCAUCGAUUGGUCCGAAGCUCGUGAGUUCAAUGAGCAAUUAUAGCCAGAACGAGCUAAUCGUUGAAUCUUCGAUCCCGGAGCCUGCCCCGAGACGAUCUCUUUCACUUUCCACCGACAGUCUUGCCAGCAACGACGAGAGGAAAAAGGAAAAGGCUCGUGGUCGCUUCUCGUUGAAAAAAUUCCUUCGAAUGGGCUCAAACAAGGAUCUGCAUAAACUGCCGUUGGAUGCACGAAGCGCCGAAGAUGAUCUGAAGCCGAGACUCGUGAUUGUUCACCCGCUAGAUCUGAACAGUGGUAAAGUAGAGGUUCUUAAGGAGCAAGAUUAUGCAACGCCUCAGUACACCUCUUACAGAGGAGCUAAGCCGCCUCCACCACCUAGAACCUACGACGAAGUUAAACCUAGUUUACCGCAUCCACCUAAAUCCGCUGAGAUUCUGAACAAGCACAAGAACUUACAAAAUCAACGAGCGCUGGCCAAGAAAACAGAUACAGUUUACGCUAACAUCGGCGAAGUGCGUUCGGCUAUAACACCUAAUAAGCCCCAGAGGACCGCUAGCAUGAGGGAACGCGAGGCUCAGCAGCAGCAGCAGACAAAACCGCAGCCGCACAAUUACGAACCAAUUGAUUUAAGGAACAAGGAUACCUCUUCAACAGAAAAUGUUUACGAUUACAUCAACGGUCGCUCCAGUUCACCAGAGUACGAGUCCUGCAAGAGUCCCGUAUUGAAGCCUGUUAGAUCUGAGUCCAACGUCGACGUUUCCAGCGAUUACUACAAGUACAGCAACAUCCCCAGGACAAUGUCUUUGACGUACUGUGGUAGCGAAACCGAAUCCGAGAUUUAUUCGCCAUACAGCUACUAUGGAAGCGAAUCAGAGAUUGCCGAAGAUGAUCACGAUUGGAAUAGCACUGGUGGUCGCACGCACAAGUUGAGAUCUCGCAAAGGAAGAAGUAUAGUUCACAAGAAUCUAGAGGACAACUAUGGAGCUGUGGUAAUCGCAAACCAUGAGGCCUUGGCGCAAGUUCUAGAAAACAUACAACAAACACCGACGAUCCUACCAGCGCUGAGAGGUUUGAAAUCAGCUGCGAAUCUUCGAUGGAGCGAUUUCACCAUAAAGGCGACUUUGGCCCCGUUAAUGGUCGGCUCGAGAGCCUUCCAUCAGGCGAUGUGGGGUAGCCAGCAUGUAACGCUGGUCAUCAGUUCCGGUUCGGUGCCGACGAGUCCACUUUCUUUGGGCACAUUUAGUUUACUUCCGAUCACCGAGUUCAGCGAUCUAAUUCCCAUCAAAUAUCUACCGACGAAAGCGACCCAGGACAUCAAGCAUUUGCAAGCUACGGUAGCCGUGUUACCAUGCAUGCAAGUGAACACAAUACAGACAUUCAGCGAGAUGCUGAAGCUGAAGAGUAAUGGCGAAGAAGUCUGGAAGGACGUGUGCUUCGUCCUGCUUCAACUGGUCAAUGCGUUGAAGACACUCCAGGCCCAAGGCAUCGAAGAGCUGCCUCUGUCGUUAACGAGCUUCGUACUCUGCAAAGAAAUGGACAAGGAAGCUCAUAAUAGGUUAUUCGUAUUGCAAGGCUUGGGCGAGGAUAUGAGCUCGAAAAAGGAAGAGGAGAAAUUCGGUACGCUGUGCAUGUGCGUGCUGACAGCAUUGGAUCACCUGAACCCCAACGCGAAACUCGCACCUUUACUGCAUUCUCUGCUUAAUACAGAAAGAGCCAUCGCCUUGACCCAGGUGAAAUCCAUCCUGGAGUUCUCACUUUGGGGACCUAGCGAUGUGGCCUUAGGUUCGACAGUACGCGAACGCGAAUCCGCUCUUCAGAGAUGGCUGGACCUUCAACGAGCCACCGUUCUGCACGGCUUGGUAUGCGCCAAAGUCCAUCUCACAGUAUACGAGGAAUGCCAUCUCCUUUUCCUGGUGCGAAGCAACGCCCGAAUGAUGUGCGAUGCCUCCAUGCUCCUCGAGUCGACCAAACAGAAACUCGCCCAUUAACCAAUGUUUGCCAAUUUGUAUAUUCUCUCUUCGUUGUUAUAUUAUUCUUAUAUAUAUUUUGUAAAUAUUUAUAUAGUUUGGGUUGUAACAUGUAUAUUAUCUUUAAAUUAGUAUUAGAAUUUUUUAAAUAUUUACGAAAGUGGCGCUUCCAGAAACGAAAACUAGCAUAGCAUUUAUUUUUCUCGUUUAUUUUUAAAAAGGACAAAAAAAACAAUUAACAACUGACAGAAACAU